CCUCCCUGUGACUGUCAGUGCCUGACUUCCAGGCCCCCUGUCCAGGCAUCAUUGACAGCAAACAAACGAGACCAGAGUGUCCAGGACCUGGCAGUCCCUCCCUGCCCUGAUGCUGCUGCUGGCCCUGCUGCUGCCCCUUCUGUGGGCGGGGUCCCUGCAGGAGGAACCAAGCUACUGGCUGCGGGUGCAGAAGUUGGUGACAGUGCAGGAGACCCUGUGUGCCCUGGUGUCCUGCUCCUUCUCCUACCCCCAGGACCGCUGGAACCACUCGACCCCUGCUUAUGGCUACUGGUACCAGCACAAGGAGGGUCCCAAAACUCAUCAUACAACAAAUGAACUUGUGGCCACAAAUGACCCACGCAAGAAAGCUGGACUGAGAAGCAAAGCUCGUUUCCAGCUGCUCGGGGACCCCAGGGCCUACAACUGCUCCCUGAGGAUCGCAGGUGCCCAGCAGGGGGACAGUGGAAGUUACUAUUUUCGGGUGGAGAGAGGAGUCAUGAAAUACAAUUAUGUGAGACCGGUGCUGACUGUGAUUGUCACAGAGCUCACACAGACACCGGACAUCCACAUGCCGGAGCUGCUGGUGUCUGGUCACUCCAGUCGCCUGGAGUGCUCCAUGCCCGGGGCCUGCAGUGGGGCCCUGGCACCCACGUUCUUCUGGACCGGGGCUGCCCUGAGACCCUCGGGUUGGGGCUUGGGCAUUCACAGAUCUUCGGAGAUCCUGCUCACACCACUCCCUCAGGACCACGGCACCCACCUCACCUGUCGGGUGACUCUCCCUCAGGCUGGAGUGACCAGGGAGAGGACUGUCCAGCUCAGUGUGUCCUAUCCUCCUCAGAGCCUGACCCUCAGUGUCUCCACAGCAGAUGACAGAGCCCCGGACACCCAGGGAAAUGGCUCCUACCUGGAGGCCCAGAAAGGCCAGUUCCUGAGGCUCCUCUGUGCUGCUGACAGCCGGCCCCCGGCCACGCUGACCUGGGACCUGGAGGCCAGAGUCCUUGCUCAGUCCCAAACCUCAGGACGAAGACCUCUAAGGCUGGAGCUGCCCGGGGUGAAGCCUGGGGACGCGGGGCGCUACACCUGCCGGGCAGAGAACAGGCUGGGCUCCCAGCACAGCACCCUGGAGCUCUCAGUGCAGUAUCCUCCAGAGGACCUGAGAGUGACGGUUUCCCAAGCAAACAGGACAGUCCUGGAAAUCCUCGGGAACGGCUCAUCCCUGCCCGUCCUGGAGGGCCAGAGCCUGCGCCUGGUGUGUGUCACCCACAGCAGCCCCCCAGCCAGGCUGAGCUGGGCCCGGGGGACACAGCCCCUGAGCCCCUCCUGGCCCUCAGCCCCUGGGGUCCUGGAGCUGCCCCGGGUGCAGAUGGAGCAUGAAGGGGAAGUCAGCUGCCAUGCGGAGAACCCGCUGGGCACCCGGAGUGUCUCUCUCAGCCUCUCUGUGCACUAUGCCCCCCAGCUGCUGGGCCCCUGGUGCUCCUGGGAGGCCGAGGGUCUGCGGUGCAGCUGCUUCUCCUGUGCCCGGCCUGUCCCGUCCCUGCGCUGGCGGCUCGGGGAGGCGCUGCUGGAGGGGAACAGCAGCAAUGCCUCCCUCAUGGUCACCUCCAGCUGGGCCGGGCCCUGGGCCAACAGCUCCCUGAGCUUCCCUGGGGGACUGAGCUCUGGGGAUAGGCUCAGCUGCGAGGCAGGGAAUGUGCACGGGGUCCAGAGGGCCACUGUCCUGCUGCUGCCGGGGAAGCCAGAGAGUUGGGGUGGAUAUGUGCUCGCAGCACUUGGGGGAGCUGCUGCCUCGGCUCUGCUCUCUCUCUGUGCCUGCCUGCUCUUCUCCAGGAUGAAGACCCCCCAGAAGGAGGCGGUGAGGACAGUGGCCACAGAGAAGGGCGCAUCCUGUGGCCCGACUCCUGUCUGUUGGGGUCACCUGAAUGCAUCUGGGUCAGACCACCCGUCAUCUGCCAUGGCUACCACAGGGGAGGAGCAGGGGCUCCAUUACGCCUCCCUCAGCUUCCUGGGACUGAAGCCCCGGAAGCCUCAGAACCAGAAGGACUCCAGCACCACUGAGUGUUCAUCUCUGGAUGCUGCUUUCUCCCUGCUCCAAGCCACAAGGGAGUCUCCAGGCCAGAGCUGCUUCCUGGAUUUGACCUAUGUGUUUCAGUCCUUGUUUGAUUGAAAUAAAUGCUGUGCAAAUUGGA